AAGCAAAAUUAGCUUCGGACCUUCGCCGGACCCCCAAAAACUCUUUGCACCUUCGCUUAUUCUCAGCGCCUUGCCUCCCCUCGCCAAGCCUCUCCAAGAAGCCGAAACCAGCUCGCUGCCGUCUCUGCACUCCACCGAUCGAUCCUCCUUCAUAUUUUGGCGGCUAUGUGAUUUCGCCUUAAGUUGUCCAUGUAGGUACACAGGUUUGAUGAUGUGAUAAAUAUCCCAUUGCCGAUUGGGAUUUGCUGAUAGUUGCGUUCGUUUUGACAGUGAUUACAAACAUAAAAGGGUCUUCGCAAGCAGAGGACCCUUGAUUCGAUUUCGGAAAUCUUGCCCUUUCCUUUUACAUUUCCUCAUAGUUCAGUCGGUUGAGUUAGCCCUACGAUGCCAGCUGUACAGAAGCUUUAUAAUGCUUGCAAAGCUUCGCUGACGCCUAAUGGACCAAUUUCCGAUGAAGGUCUAGAAAAAGUUCGCAAUCUAUUAGAUAAAAUCAAGCCUUCUGAUGUAGGUCUUGACCAAGAAGCACAAGUGGCCCGGAACUGGAAAGGUUCCUUGAGUGGACGCAAUGGGAGUCCUACAUCACUCCCCACAAUUAAAUACUUGCAUGUGCAUGAGUGUGAUAGUUUUUCCAUAGGAAUAUUUUGCAUGCCACCAUCCUCUGUCAUUCCUCUUCAUAAUCAUCCGGGGAUGACAGUUCUGAGUAAGCUUCUCUAUGGUUCGAUGCAUGUAAAAUCAUAUGAUUGGAUCAACAUUCCCGGGCCUUCCGAUCCACCUCAAGGAGCAAGGCCUGCAAAGGUAGUCAAAGAUUGUGAUGUGUCAGCCCCAUGCGAUACCACAAUUCUUUAUCCAACAACUGGGGGCAACAUCCAUUGUUUUAAGGCUAUCACUCCAUGUGCCAUCUUUGACAUCCUUUCUCCACCUUACUCUUCAGAGGAUGGUCGCCAUUGCACUUAUUUUAGAAAAUCCCCUGCAGAUCUACCUGGUACUAUCGAGGUGGACGGAGAGACAAUAUCCGAAGUUGCUUGGUUGGAAGAGUUUCAGCCACCGGAUGACUUUGUGAUCAGGAGAGGACAAUACAAGGGUCGUGUUCCAAAACCGUAAGAAUAAAUUUUUUGAUUUGAGGCCAUGUUUGCGCUGAUGAUGUUGUGGGGAAGUAAGUUGUUUGUGCUUUUAGUUUGUGGUGACCCGAUGAGAUAGUUAUUCUUGAUGCUAGUACAAUUAAUAUAUAGACCUGGAGAUUUAGCAUUGUAUAUAAUUGAGGAAUUACAUACGAUUAUAUUAACCUCACUCUACUAA